CAUUAACAGUAUACGUUGGCAGCCGUUUUCAGCAGGAUGCCGACAGCUACGAUUAAUGGGGGCCAGAGCGUAGUGUGUUUCUACCCUAACAGGGGCAGGAACGUAGUGUGUUCGUACCACUACACCUGCUGGAUGUCAAGGUGAAUGGGUUAAGUGGGAGGUCCAGUUCCCGUUCUUGUCAGAAAGCAGGGCCAUUCUAUAUAAGACAGGACAAGGAAGCCUCCCUCCUUAUCCGGGGAAUUAACCUGAGUGCCCUGGUUUGGUCUGCAAAGUAUCUCUGUAUGAACUUAUUAAAAAGAAGAGAAAGCUCACUUGCUGCAGAGUAGUUCAGCAAGAUAUAGGACAUUAAUACAAUAUAUAGGACAUUAACUACUUUGUACUCCUCCCAUUUUAAGUAAUGGCUGCACCUGGGUGAGACAAAGAUGAUACUGCUGCCUUCUAGAGUCUUUUCCCCUUUCCAUGAGUCUGUUAAGACCUGCUCCCUAUGCUUCCCUCCAUGAUACUGCCACAUGAUAGACUGCUGCAAUGAUGCCUGCACCUCCAAAUCUGAUGCUCCUCGGGCUGCUUAUCAUUGUAGCGCCCCCUCCUAUAGGGAUGAAUGGUUUAGGUGCCAUCAUGAGGUCUCAUUCUCUGCCAUUGAUUCGGACAUUGAUGGACCAUGGGCCUAUGAAGCCUCGAAUGUCAGCAAAACAUGAUCUGAGUGUACAGCACCUACACUUCAUGCUAGAAUUGUACAAAAGGUCAGCGGACGGCGAUGGAAGACCGAAAGCAAGUAGACCAGCUGGAGCCGCAGUGAGACUUGUAAGGCCUGUCCAUCAAGCACCUUUUAUCUCGGAAAAAAAGUGGAAGAUACAAAAUCUUAAAUUUAACCUGCGUAACCUAAAAACAGAGGAGCUGGUAAAGGCAACUGUGAUGUAUCCCCGAACAAUGUAUUUUGGAGACAGUUUUUCCAUAUGUAAGGUGGAUCCUCUGCCAAGUGCUGGUCUCUUCUCCAAGACAAGAGUUCCACCUGGAAUUAGGAUGUGGGCUGAGACAGAUAUCACUUCCCACAUCAGAUCUCUACUGGAAGAUACAAACCAAAGUUUACAUGUCCAGCUCGUAUGCCGGCGUAUUGGGAAACGCAACACAAGAUCGCUGGGUGUUUCUGCCUCCCACAUCCCUUUCUUACUCAUCUACUUCAACCCUAAAGUCCAUAAUCAGUCGACUGAGAAGGUUUUAAAUACAGUAGCAGAAAAGGCUAUGCCACAUGUGUUGAACAGGAAACCACGUCAAGUGGGGACUUUUGGCAUUAAGCUUCCAAAAAUUUCCAACCAAAGUGAACAACUCAAGAAUCAUUGCUCCCUGCGUCCAUUCUGGGUUAGUUUUCAUCAACUAGGAUGGGAUCACUGGAUUAUUGCACCACACAGGUAUAAUCCUGGCUACUGCAAGGGAGACUGCCCCAAACUUCUACAUUCAGGGUAUAAUUCACCCAACCAUGCCAUUAUUCAGAACUUUAUCAAUCAGGUGGUUGAUGGAAAUGUUCCACGUCCUUCUUGUGUCCCUUACUCCUAUGGUCCAAUAAGCGUCCUUAUGAUUGAACCUGGAGGUAAUAUUCUUUAUAAAGAAUAUGAAAAUAUGAUUGCCGAAUCGUGCACCUGUCGGUAAGAGAACAGAGACUGCCAGCUAAGAGCAGAAGAAAAUCAAGCACUUUAUAAAGCCACUUUAUUAACUUACUUGAAGAUAUGUGUGUAAAUAUGUGUGUUAUUUAAAGAGUCACGUUUAUAGAUGUGACUUUAGAGCAGGUCUUUUUCUAUGGUUGUAUAAGUAUUCC